ACUGGUUGGCACUCUGACCUUGGCUGCAUAUGUCCUUUCGUGGGCUUCCGCUUCCUUAUUUAGUGAUUGUGAGCUCCUUAAUGGCAGGAACAAUGGGCCUCUCUGUUGACUCAGCUGGGACUACAUUCAGGAUCUUGGAAGCACUGCCAAUAUGUCUGAUGUUCAAGAAGCCACUAACCAGCUCCUGGAUGUAAAUCUUUGUGAGAACCAGAUGUCUAUACAAGUGACUGAAAGUGGCCCCAUAAGUGAGUCUGAGCGUCUCCAAGUCACUAUUGGUGCCACUGUGCCUACUGGUUUUGAGCAAACAGCUGCAGAUGAAGUGAGAGAGAAAUUGGGGUCAUCAUGCAAAAUCAGCAAAGACCGGGGCAAGAUAUAUUUUGACAUUUCAGUGGACAGUCUGGCUCAGGUUCAUUGUCUGAGGUCAGUUGAUAAUUUAUUUGUGGUUGUUCAGGAGUUUAAGGAUUACCAUUUCAAAGAAACAAAGGAAGAAGUUCUAAAGGAUUUUGAGGACCUGGCUGGGAAGCUUCCAUGGUCAGACCCUUUAAAAAUAUGGAAAAUUAACACAAGUUUCAAGAAAAAAAAAACAAAGCGCAGAAAGAUAAAUCCGAAUUCAAGUAAACAGAAGAUUGAUAAUGGACGAGGAGACACGACAGUUGAGAAGGAUGUUAAAGAGUUCGCUAACAGUGUCUCAGAUUCACUGAUCUUAGACUCUUAUGAAAAUCCAGCCAUCAAAGAAGAGGUAUCAACAUUAAUAGGUGAUGAUUUGACAUCUUGCAAAGAUGAGACUGAGGAAAACUCAAAAGAAGAAGCUGAUCCUGAAGUGCUGAAGUUUAGAGUCACAUGCAACAGGGCAGGAGAGAAACACUGCUUUUCCUCAAAUGAGGCAGCAAGAGAUUUUGGGGGUGCUGUUCAAGAUUAUUUUAAGUGGAAGGCUGAUAUGACCAACUUUGAUGUGGAGGUUCUUUUGAAUAUCCAUGAUAAUGAAAUUGUUGUGGGCAUUGCAUUGACAGAAGAGAGUCUCCACCGAAGAAAUAUCACACAUUUUGGACCCACAACUCUUAGAUCUACUCUUGCCUAUGGGAUGCUCAGGCUCUGUGCACCUCAGCCCACUGAUAUAAUAGUUGAUCCGAUGUGUGGAACAGGGGCAAUACCAAUUGAGGGGGCUACAGAAUGGUCUAACUGUUAUCAUAUUGCUGGUGAUAAUAAUCCAUUGGCUGUGAAUAGAGCUGCAAAUAACAUCUCAUCUUUAUUGACCAAGAUCCAAGUUAAAGAAGGCAAACUGUCCUUGGGCUUGCCCAUAGAUACUAUUCAGUGGGAUAUCUGCAAGCUGCCACUAAGAACUGGCUCUGUAGACAUUAUUGUAACAGACAUGCCAUUUGGAAAAAGGAUGGGCUCCAAGAAGAGAAACUGGAACCUUUAUCCAGCUUGCCUGCGGGAGAUGAGCCGUGUCUGUAGGCCAGGGACAGGCCGAGCUGUACUCCUCACUCAGGACAAGAAAUGCUUUGCCAAGGCAUUAUCUGGAAUGGGACACCUGUGGCGGAAGGUGCAUACCGUUUGGGUCAACAUAGGGGGUCUUCAUGCUGCAGUUUAUCUCCUGAAACGUACACCUCAAAGUUUUGUUCAUCCUUCAGAACAAGAUGGAGAAAGAUGUCCUUGGUAAUACAAAGAUCAAAAAUGAUUAAUAAUAUCUGUGCUUCCUGACACUGAAAAUAUCAGCACAAAGAACUUGCUUUGAGAGAAAAAAUAGUAUUAAUCAAAGAUUUGGUGUAAGUCUCUUCACCACAGUUAGGAAAAGGUAUAAAUGGAAUGUCUUAUAAGAAAGAAGAGCUUUUCUUUGGCACUGUUUGAAAGAGGUAGUUGAGCAAUUAGUACUUUUCUUAAAAGGUUUUAAAGAUGCUAAGCCUACUAAAAUGCUCCGGGAUUUGGGUUUAGAACAUUUUCAGGCUUUGUAACAGUUCCUGUUUUCCACUGUAGGUGGAAGGCUACUCUGGCCUCAUGGGAAGGCAGAGAGCCUAAACAGAGCAUGAGGUUACAUUUCAUUGUCUGUGCAGCUUUGCUGUUUAGUUGCUCAAGUUUUUUACCUAGGUUUCUAAAAAUGAAGCAUUAUGCUUUGUAAAAUAGUGUUUGUUCCAUGACAAGCUAAAUCUUAUAUAAGUUUUAUAAUAUAUUAAGACUUAUAGUUUACUAUCUGCCUUAAAAGUUAUAACAUCAGUAAGAUUAACACAUUUAAUCUGAAGAUACUAGACACUCCUAUUUGUAAGUAGCAACAAAUACAAUGGUAGAUGAAAGAAGGGACCAACAAGCCAUAUUUAAAGAAAUUUUAUUUUUUUCUUUCAAUACAUAAAGGUGAAGCUUUUCAAAAUCAGACAAACCUGUCAAAGUGUUUUUGUUGGCUUCUCUAAAGGACGGAGAACUGAUGAAUUAAAGACUUCAUGCAAGUCCUUCUGUUUUCCUCAGUCACUGUGUGCCGUGCUCAGUCGCUCAGUCAUGUCCGACUGUGCCCCAUCAACUGUAGCCCUUCCAGGCUCCUCGUCCAUGGGGAUUCUCCAGGCAAGAAUACUAGAGUGGGUUGCCACACCCUCCUCCAGGGGAUCUUCACCACCCAGGAAUUGAACCAGAGUCUCCUGCAUUGCAGGUGGACUCUUUACCAGCUGAGCUACUGUAUUUGCUUUUCUAGUUGCAGAAAGUCCUUCCCAAAACAGUAGAAAAUGAAAUAACCUAAAAAUUAAGUCUUGUGAAGCCAGUGCUUCCUGGGACAAAUUAGAUGUGGAGUUUUAUGUGGGACUCUGUAUUCAGUUUAUUUUGGAGUUUCUGGCUACAUUCAGCUUAGAUUUUUCAGUACCAUGUUAGUUACAUAACAGUGCUAUUCAUAAUUAACUUCUGAUGUCUCAUCUAGAAUAAAAGGACAGUAUUUAUUUCCUUUGAAAGAAAAGUUCAGAUUAGCAGCAUAAUCCACAGUCCUUAUGUGGUUUCUGUAUGAUAUACCUCCCACGUGAGUAUGAAUUGGAAAUGAGACAUUUAUAAGGGUCUUAUAUCCUAGACGGGAGUUUCUACCACCAUCAGAAUGCACAGUUGCACUAUUACAGGUUCAACAUAAAAUCUUUCACCUCUGACAAAAUAAACUGUUCAAACCUCUUAAAACUGUUGGUCCACAGUCCACAGUCCUAAUUAAAAACAUGUCUGUUUUCUUUGCUGCUUACCAAGUGCCUGACGCACUUACCUACCAGCAUGGGCAUUUAAUAUUUGUUGAACAUACGGAUAUUUUUGCAUAUUGGCUGUUUUUGAGUAUAUCAAAUUUGUGCUGGAUCCAUCAUAGCUUUAGUCCUAUUAAAUACCGUUAUAAAAACGAACAGAUUGGUUUAAGAUGAUAUAAGUAUGUAGUGAACACUAAUAGUUUGUCAUCUUCCUCCCUAGUAUUGUUUUGUAAUCUGGUGACAGGAACAGGAAAUGUGC